ACCCCCUCUCCCCUCGCUGCCCGGAUGCUGCCGCAGCAGUCUCCCCUCCCAGUCACUUCCCCCGUUUGACCUUUUUUUCUCAUAUUGCCGCCACGUGCGCCCACGGUCCUCCCCCCGCCGCCCCUCGCCCCUCCCGCGGAAAUCCCCAUGUCCAAUCAGCCCGACGUCCUGGCUGUUGCUGAUCCCUCCUUCGAGGGGGACUCCCCCUCGGUGGCGGUGGCGCAAAAUGUCCUGGCUGCCCUGGAGACCGAGGUGUCCGGUGACAAGUCGCAGCGCGCGCUCUUCCCCUUCGAGGAGGGGGGCAUCCGCAUGGGCCACAACAUGCCCACCGAGCAGCUGAGCCUGUGGGAAUCGAUCAAGCGGCGGCCGCACGCUUCGGCCGCCGUGGGCAUCCUCGUGGCGGGGGUCUUCUUCCUGACGGCACGCAUCUAUGUGCGCCAGGCGAUCCUGUACGCCCGGCACCGGCGGCGCUUCGAGAUGGACCUGCGCCACGACCGGGGGGUCUUCACCCCGGACGAGGCCGAGCAGCUGCACAUCGGCUUCGGUGUGGGCCGCAAGCUGGCCACCAUUGGCGGGCGCCAUUCCACCGCCGCCGAGAUGGUGGCCGACUUCAAGCAGUUCCCCGAUGUCCAGCUCCCCGGGUCGCAUCUGCUGCGCAUUGACCCCGUCACCGGGCGGACUGUCAUCGGGUCGGCCUUCAUUCGGAGCUCCUUCGCCCGGCGCAAGGUGACCGAGCGCUCGUCCGUGGACUUCUGAGCCUCCCCCGGGGCUCGACCGCCGUUGGACCGUCUCUUCCGCCUCCGCCUGUUCCCUGGGCUGGCCCCUGUGGCCUUUCCUAAUCCCCUCCCGAAAAAAAAAUCUAAAAAGCAAAUUAAAUGUACUCAUAUGCAGUAUCCCCCCCCCCCCCUCUUGCCCACUUGGCAAAGAAACAGACCAGGGAUGGCCC